GAGACCGAGAGCGAGGGCGAGCCGCCACAAGCCACACCAUCGCCUGACUCACGCCCAUUUUUUUUCUGGCCUGAUCCGGCGCGCUAUCGACAAAACCACUCGGCCCGCCCUCCUGUCGUCCAUCACCUUGCCCCCAUCUGCGCCCUGAUCAACGCCAUGGCUGACAACAACGACGUCAACCUCGUCCUCGAUGAACUCACCGGAGAGAAGGUGUCCAAGUCCGAGCUCAAGCGCCGCAUCAAGCAGCGUGAGAAGGAGGCCAAGAAGGCCGCCAACCCUGCCAAGCCCGCCCCCGCUGGCGGCGCUGCUGCCACGGCCGAUGCCAGCAAUGAAGAGGCCGAGGAGGCCCUGGAUCCCCGAAUGUAUUUCGAGAACCGCUCCAAGACUUUCCUGAAGCUCCGCGAGUCUCCCGAGACCUACCCUUACCCGCACAAGUUCAGCGUCGACAUCUCGCUGCCUGCUUUUAUCGAAAAGUACAACGGCAUCCAGGCCGGUGAGCACCUCGAGGAGGUCGUCUGCGUCGCCGGACGCAUCCACAACAAGCGUUCGUCCGGCGCCAAGUUGAGGUUCUACGAUCUCCACGCCGAGGGCGUCAAGAUCCAGAUCAUGGCCGCCUUCCAGGACCAGGACCCCAGCCGCGAGUUUGCCAAGGUCCACGAGAACCUUCGCCGUGGUGAUAUUGUCGGCGUCCGCGGCGUGCCCGGCAAGUCCAAGAAGGGCGAGCUGUCGAUCUUCCCCAAGGACAUUAUCCUCCUGACCCCCUGCUUGCGCAUGCUCCCCAAGUCCAACUAUGGCUUCACCAACCAGGAAUCCCGCUACCGCCAGCGUUUCCUGGAUCUGAUCAUGAACAACAACGUCCGCGACAAGUUCAUCGUCCGCGCCAAGAUCAUCAACUACCUGCGCCGCUACCUCGACAACCUGGGCUUCCUUGAAGUCGAGACUCCCAUGAUGAACAUGAUCGCCGGCGGUGCCACCGCGCGCCCCUUCCUGACCCACCACAACGACCUCAAGCUCGACAUGUUUAUGCGCAUUGCCCCCGAGCUCUACCUCAAGCAACUCGUCGUUGGUGGCCUCGACCGUGUCUACGAGAUUGGCCGCCAGUUCCGCAACGAAGGCAUCGAUCUGACCCACAACCCCGAGUUCACCACCUGCGAGUUCUAUAUGGCCUACGCCGACAUGUACGAUCUGAUGGAGAUUACCGAGGCGUUCCUCUCCAGCAUGGUCAAGUACAUCACUGGCGGCUACAAGAUCACCUACCACCCGAACGGCCCUGAGGGCGUCGCCUGGGAGAUUGACUUCACCCCUCCCUUCCGUCGCGUGCGCAUGAUCCCUGAGCUUGAGCGCAUUCUCAAGUGCAAGUUCCCCUCGGGCGAAGAGCUCGCAACCGACAAGGGAGCCAAGUUCCUGUCGGAUCUCUGCAUCAAGCACAAGGUUGAGUGCAGCGCUCCUCGCACCGCCUCGCGACUCCUGGACAAGCUCGUGGGAGAGUUUAUCGAGGUCGACUGCAUCAACCCCACCUUCAUUAUGGAGCAUCCCCAGAUCAUGUCGCCCCUUGCCAAGGCCCAUCGCAGCAUCAAGGGCAUGUGCGAGCGCUUCGAGUGCUUCGUCGCUACCAAGGAAAUCUGCAACGCCUAUACCGAGUUGAACGAUCCUUUCGACCAGCGCGAGCGCUUCGAACAGCAGGCCAAGGACAAGGAUGCCGGUGAUGACGAAGCCCAGCUGAUUGACGAGACAUUCUGCCAAUCUCUGGAGUAUGGUCUGCCCCCCACUGGUGGCUGGGGUCUGGGUCUGGAUCGUCUCACAAUGUUCUUGACUGAUUCCAACAACAUCAAGGAGGUUCUGCUGUUCCCUGCUAUGAAGCCCGAAACUGCUGCCGAGAAGGCUGCUCGUGAAGGCAAUUAGAGCACCCGAGACAUUAUGGAGGACAGUGACUGUGUGCGAGCGAGUUGGUCCCCUGUUCUGCUGCGUACAUGGCGAAUCUGAACAUACGAUCGUGAAUGAAGCGGAUUGAGAGUUCCUGAA